GCCUUAAUCGUCAUUCAUUGAUUUCCGAUUCUCUGAGUAAUGAUUUUUCCGGUCUGAUCCUUUGAAAAAUCGAAAUUUUCAAAGGCAAAUCGAUCAUCGGUUUUGCAUGUCUUUAAUUCUUUGUCAAAACUGUGAAUUAAUUUUCAGUCUAUUUUCAUAAAAAAAGGUAAUAAUGAUUAUUCUGAUUCAUUUACUUGCUGUUACAUAACGCAAAUCACCUGCAGGCUGUAACAGCCUGUGUAGAGAGAAACUAUAGAGUCGGUAAAGGUCAGUAGUAGUAGCUGACACAGUUAAGCCCACCUCAGCCAGGGUCUUUCUUAGCUUCGAUUCACCUCUAUUUUGUUUACUUGUCACUAAUAACUGGUUUAUGAACGUAAUAUUCAACUGCUUGUUUUUGGCAUGCAGCAUACGACUUGGUUCCUAACUAAAAAAAGUUUUCUGGUCUUGAGGAAAAAAAAGCUUUAAAGGAUUAUAUAUGCCUAUUAUGACCAGUUUUGGUAUUUCACUUAUCUGCUUAGUUUGGCUAUAUUACAAGUUUGCAAUUAUAGGUCGUGGGUCAACUAUAACUUAUGGAGGUGGUGUCAAGGUAUUAGACUUGUUUGUCCACUGAAAAAAAAAGUACAUACAAAGGUGCGCUGAUUGGUUUUUACCCAAAGGUGGUAGUAGUGGCCGGUUUUUUUUCACUAGUAGAUCACAGUUCCGUUUCGAAUUUGUUACUGCGAUGAAUUUGUGCAGCUCCUCUUAAGUAGCAUCAAUCUGAUGAUUUUGGAAAUUGGAAAGCAACCAUAUAUCUUUAGUAAACAUAAAGUCCAGGUUUUAAGCUUCAAAAUUUUCUCAUACAGUAUAUGUUAAUGGAAUUCCAGUGCUUCAGUAUUUUAUCCAAACCUAGACCGAAGCAAUGAUUGAGAAAUGGAAUGCAUUAGCUUCUUCUGACCCACAAACCAUGUAGUGCAGCACAUAAAGUUUUCCUUGAGGUUUCAUGACCUUCACUUGCGGAAUAUAAAUAGCAUAUGCAGAGACUUAAUCUCUAGAUAGUGAAGUUUACUUGCUGUAGACACUUUCCGAUCCGAGUUUUAAAAUACCGACACUAAAGAAGAGCAGAUGCCAGAGCAUAGCAAUAGAAGAUCAAUUAUCAUUUAUGAGACUAUAAGAGAAUCUAGUGGGAUAAAAGAAGCUUCAUGUUUUCCAGCUAGGAGUCAGGCACACAAGUUUAAGUUUUCUGUGUUGGUUUCUUGCAAGUGGGACUACUCCUGCUGCUGAGAGACAGAUAUUGCAUUAAUGUUAUGAGAUUCUACCAACGAUUCACUUGAUGGUCAAAUUUUUUUUACUGAGAAAUUCGGAUUGGAUGGUUAAAUAUAGUCCCCCAAAAUCAACUACUUGAUAGACCAAAAAAAAAUCAACUACUUGGGGCUCAUCAUGUGGAGGGUUCUGGAGUUUCGAUACUUGGGAGUUUAUCCUAGCAGGACCUACCAAAGACUUUCAUGUACGUAUGACAAAAUUAUGUUACUGGAAAUAUUUGUGUAUUUCACGGGGGACUUUAUUGUCCUAGCUGCCUGGCCACAAUAAUACAGAGUUCAACUUGUAGGUUAUGGCAGAGGAGAAAGCUACAAGAAGGCAUGCCCAUCAUAUGAUUUCCUUGCAAUUCCAUUGGCUUCCGUUCGUCCAUUUCCUCACAUGUUAUAUCACUUAUAUCAGCUAUAUGGUUUCUCUGUCACGGAAAUGACCCUUUUGUUGUUUUACUUUCUAGGCUGGAAAUAUAUAGCAGAUAGAUAGGGCGUUGUGUAUCUUUAUCACAUAAAAGAUAUGCAGCAAGAUAUUUGGAAUAGUUGUGUGGCAAAUGGUUUUUGAAAACCAAUUACUGUAAAGGGUCUUUUUCUUUCUCCCGGUUUCAACAACACACUGAAGGCCACGAAUCCAGCCUCCCAGGGACGUUCAUGCUACUAAACUUAUAACUCAAGGUUGAUCACUAGAGUGACCUUAUGCCUGGGAACAAGUACAAUGGUAAUUCAGCCCACAUUCCAAAUCGAGUUGAACGGCUCUUGAGAGAAAGGGAGCUUAGGAAGCAUAGUAGAGCAUCAUCACAACUGAAUGAAGCAAAUGAUAAUAAUAGGGUGACUCUACCAUCUGAUCAUGAAAGAGAAGAGGAAAACUUGAGAAAUUCAUUGAUUGAGAAGUAUUUGGAAGGGGCUGCAGCUGCAAGGGCACUUAAUGAAGGGCAUGAAAAGCACGAAGCGAGGCCUCUUAGACAACGGCUGCUGGUUGUGGCAAACAGGCUACCUGUCUCUGCUGUUAGGAGAGGUGAAGACUCAUGGUCUUUGGAUAUAAGUGCUGGUGGUCUGGUCAGCGCUCUUUUGGGUGUAAAGGAGUUUGAGGCUAGGUGGAUCGGGUGGGCUGGGGUAAAUGUGCCAGAUGAAAUUGGACAGCAAGCACUCACUAAAGCCCUAGCUGAAAAGAGAUGUAUACCCGUCUUCCUGGAUGAGGAGAUUGUUCAUCAAUAUUACAAUGGCUAUUGCAACAAUAUUUUAUGGCCCCUUUUCCAUUACCUUGGUCUUCCACAAGAAGAUCGACUUGCCACCACUCGGAGUUUCCAGUCACAGUUUUCUGCUUAUAAGAAGGCAAAUCAAAUGUUUGCAGAUGUAGUUAAUGCGCACUAUGAAGAGGGUGAUGUUGUUUGGUGCCAUGACUACCAUCUUAUGUUUCUUCCAAAAUGCUUGAAGGAAUAUAACAGCAAAAUGAAAGUUGGUUGGUUUCUUCACACUCCCUUUCCUUCCUCUGAAAUUCAUAGGACACUGCCAUCACGAUCAGAGCUCCUGCGCUCAGUUCUCGCAGCUGAUUUAGUUGGUUUUCACACAUAUGACUAUGCACGACACUUUGUUAGUGCUUGCACUCGCAUUCUUGGGCUUGAGGGUACGCCUGAAGGAGUUGAGGAUCAAGGGAAGCUUACUCGAGUGGCUGCGUUUCCUAUUGGAAUAGAUUCAGAUCGCUUCAUACGAGCACUUGAGGUUCCACAAGUCCAAGAACACAUUAGGGAACUGAAAGAAAGAUUUGCAGGGCGAAAGGUAAUGCUGGGUGUUGAUCGGCUUGAUAUGAUUAAAGGAAUCCCACAAAAGAUACUAGCAUUUGAAAAGUUUCUUGAGGAGAACCCAACAUGGCGUGACAAAGUGGUUUUGUUGCAAAUUGCAGUGCCAACAAGAACCGAUGUUCCUGAGUAUCAGAAGCUUACAAGUCAGGUUCAUGAAAUUGUUGGGCGGAUUAAUGGCAGAUUUGGGAGUUUGACCGCUGUCCCUAUACAUCAUCUGGAUCGUUCUCUUGACUUUCAUGCAUUAUGUGCACUGUAUGCUGUGACAGACAUAGCACUUGUCACCUCCCUUAGAGACGGAAUGAAUCUUGUCAGUUAUGAAUAUGUGGCAUGCCAAGAUGCAAAGAGAGGUGUCCUAAUCCUUAGUGAGUUUGCUGGUGCUGCACAGUCUCUAGGUGCCGGAGCAAUUCUAGUGAACCCAUGGAAUAUCACAGAAGUUGCCAAUUCAAUUGCCCAAGCACUGAAUAUGUCCUCUGAAGAAAGAGAGAAGCGACAUAGGCAUAACUUUUUACAUGUCACAACCCACACUGCCCAGGAAUGGGCUGAAACGUUUGUAAGUGAGCUGAACGACACUGUUGUAGAGGCUCAAUUGCGGACGAGACAGGUACCACCACCUCUGCCAAACAGGGAGGCAAUUCAAUGUUACAUGCGAGCAAGUAAUCGAUUGCUCAUACUGGGAUUCAACGCAACUUUAACUGAACCAGUGGACACUCCUGAGAGACGAGGUGAUCAAAUAAAAGAAAUGGAACUUAAACUGCAUCCAGAUUUGAUAGAACCCUUGACAGCGGUCUGCAAUGAUCCAAACACAACUAUUGUUGUCCUCAGUGGUAGUGACAGGGCUGUCUUAGACGAAAAUUUUGGGGAUCUCGACAUGUGGUUGGCUGCUGAAAAUGGAAUGUUUUUACGGCCAACAAAGGGAGAAUGGAUGACAACAAUGCCUGAACAUUUGAAUAUGGAAUGGGUCGAAAGUGUGAAGCAUGUCUUUGAAUAUUUCACAGAGAGGACGCCCCGGUCACACUUUGAACUUCGUGAAACUUCCCUCGUGUGGAAUUACAAAUAUGCAGAUGUUGAUUUUGGAAGACUUCAAGCGAGAGAUAUGUUGCAGCAUCUCUGGACUGGUCCAAUUUCUAAUGCAUCUGUCGAUGUUGUUCAAGGUAGCCGGUCUGUGGAGGUGCGAGCAGUUGGUGUCACAAAGGGUGCAGCAAUUGACCGUAUAUUGGGAGAGAUUGUUCACAGUAAAUGCAUGACAAACCCCAUUGAUUAUGUACUGUGCAUUGGACAUUUUCUUGGGAAGGAUGAAGAUGUCUACACCUUUUUCGAGCCAGAUCUCCCGACUGACAAUAUUAGUCUUCCAAGAAGCAAGAUAACUGAUGGACUAAAGUUACCUAGUGAGAGAAGAUCUUCUUUGAAGCUUCCAGCAAAUAAAAGUGGGUCAAAAUCAUCCCAAAAUAAGACGCAACGAUCUUUGUCAAAUCCUGUGAAGAAAGCUGUUGUCAACCAUAACGCCGGGAAUGUAAGGUCUCCAUCUCCAGAUAAAACUUCUUGGAAUGUACUUGACCUCAAGAAGGAGAACUACUACUCUUGUUCUGUUGGGAGGACUCGUACAAAUGCUCGAUAUCUACUUCAGUCGUCAGAUGAUGUAGUCUCAUUUCUGAAGGAAUUGGCUGAUGCAUCUUCAGACUGACCUUUCAGAGAAGUGUAGAACUACUACUACUCUUAUUCUGUUGGGAGGACUUGCACAGAUGCUCGAUAUCAACUUCAGUCGUCAGAUGAUGUAUUCUCUUUUCUGAAGAAAUUGGCUGAUGCCUCUUCAGAUUGAUAGAUAUAUUGCUCUCACAUUUCAGAGAAAUGCAUUUCUCAUUUGAUCCGCAUUGUAGAUAUUCUAACCCUGCCCCUUCUCUUUUGCCACCCUUCUGUCUCUGUGUAUAGCAGUCUCCAGAGGUCUGGCUGCUUUAACUGAAAUCUUAGAUUGCUUGAGCAUCUAAAUCACAGUGAUGAUUUAAACUCUACUGGAAAAAAGGAAUCCCAAAUUAUCUUCUCUUA